AUGGGAUGCUGUUGCAUGGGCCUGUCCAGAUCUGUGGUUCUGGACCCCGAGCAGCCCUUGGACCACAAGGUGUAUGCUGAAAGCUUUACGCGACACGACAGGGCCAAGGUUUGGGAGUCUGUGCUCAAACAAGGAGGUCAAGAGAUUAUGCGCUUCAACGAGGUUGAGGACAUUCGGUUUCACAAUCCAAUGGCCACCGAAUUCUCAAGAGUUGGUGUGCUAGUUCUUACGGAGCUGUUCCUGUGGUGGCAUGCACCACCUGCUGUCCAAAGCCCAUCGGCAUCGGUGCAAAAGAUGUCGAAACGCGCAAGGCUGUUGGCUGGCAGCUCCAUCGUAGUCGGGUAUGGCAUGAUAGAGGAGGUCGGCAUUGUUUGCUUUGAUGCCGGCGGAUGUGCAGUCCGCAUCGUGGCCAGAGAGGCCUUCGGCGAGCAGUUUGAGAUGGUUCUGCGCGUCCUGCAACCGGCAGAGACGCUGCCGGCUUUCACCACAACCAUUCCGGAGGAAUCAGGGCCUGAAGGCAACGAGGCGUGGCAUCAGAUGCUGGCGAGCUUCCUCGACAAAGCCUUGAAGGCCUACAAUUGGGCCCACUACUUCCUCCACUGUGCUCUGCGCCAGCGAGAUUUGUUCGCCCACAAGGGAGUCGCCCAGCCGGAGCUGUCUUUCCUGCCCAACGAAGAGGCUCAGCAAGACGUGCCCUCAUGGUGCUAG